AUGGGGAAGCAUCCUAAUUACAACCCCUCCCCCUUGCAAAACCUGUUUUUCAGAAGUAAAGAACUCGGAGUAGCAGUACAACAGAAAAGAGAAAGUAGCAAUAUCUCUCCAAGCUUGCGGCAUUGGUUUGUGAUGGAAGAAUUCCAGGACUGGCUCUUCACUUUUGUUGGGGCCAUCACUUGUUUCAUUUGUCUGGUAAACUGCAUUUGGUUUUUGAAAUAUUUCUUCCCACGUAUAUGGAGUCCAGUACCUCAGUCUUUUUUUCAGUCAAUGGGAGAAUGGGCAGUGAUCACAGGAGCAGGGGAUGGGAUUGGAAAAGCCUAUUCGUUUGAGCUGGCCAAGCGGGGAUUAAAUACUGUUCUGAUCAGUAGAACACUUGAAAAGCUGAAGAAGGUAGCCUCUGAAAUUGAGAAAGCCACAGGAAGAAAUGUGAAAAUUAUACAAGCUGAUUUCACUAAAAAUGACAUAUAUGAUGAUAUUGAAGAAAGACUUCAAGGUUUAGAAAUUGGAAUUUUGGUUAACAAUGUCGGAAUGCUUCAUAACACCUAUCCUUGUUGUUUCCUUGAUGGAUCAAAGAAAGAUGAGGAUCUCAUCAAUUGCAACAUGAUCGCAGUCUCUAAGAUGACACAGAUAAUUAUGAAACAGAUGGUAUCAAGACAAAAGGGACUUAUUCUGAACAUUGCUUCUGCUGUGGGCACUUUCCCCUGUCCAUUAUAUACCAUCUAUUCCGCUUCUAAAGCUUUUGUGUACACAUUCUCCAAAGCACUUGAAGUGGAAUAUAAAACAAAAGGAAUUAUCAUACAGGUAGUGACUCCUUAUGGUGUAUCUACUCCAAUGUCUGAGAACCCAAAGCCUAAUCUAAUCACAAAGUCAGCAAAAGCAUUUGUUAGAGAAUCCCUGGAUUAUGUCAGACUCAGAGAUGAAACACACGGAUGUUUAGCCCAUGAAAUCUUGGCAGUCUUCCUGCAUUUUGUCCCUUUGUGGGUCUUCCAUGCCAACAGAGUACAAGAAAUAAUCCUACGCCUGAAUCCAAAGCACCGGUAA